AUGAAAGCAAAAGCUGACAUGAAUUGUGUUGGGAAGACUUUUUGUGCCUUCGUUCUGCUCACUGUCACUGUGGCCAUGGUACCAAUGGGUUCUCAGGCAAGAAAUUCCACUGGAUCUGAUACUGAGCCCAGUCAAGAAAACAAUGCAAGCGCUGGCAAGAAGCAAGAUUUCCAGAGCGCACAAAGUCCAAACCUCCCUAAUGAUAACAUCAGAGUGUCUAAAAUAGCUGGUUCCAGCGUUAAUCUGACCUGUGGUGACAUUCCAAGGGCAGAUGUGGUAUCAGUAGUAUGGAAGAUAAGACCGAGGACUGGAAAUCACUGCUUACUGGCAUACAGAUCUGAUCUGAACAAGACAGACAGAACAAACUGCAAUGAGAGAAUGGAUUGGAAAUCUAGCCCUGAAACUGAUCAUGCACUUCAGAUACAGCAAGUGACACUCACGGAUGAAGGAUGUUAUAUCUGUGAAGCUGCAACUGGUGGUGGAAAUUUGAAUCGAAUCUACACUCUGACUGUAUUAGUCCCUCCUGAAGUGACCUUGACCUGUGACAGUAAUGGGACCGCUGUGUGCAAGGCAGCUGCAGGGAAACCAGCUGCACAGAUCUCUUGGGACCCAAAUGGAGAUCCCAGGACUGAGCUUGAAAAUCACACAGAUGGGACAGUGACUGUGCUCAGUACGUACAGCCCCAGAGAGACCAGUAUAACCUGCCUGGUGUCUCAUCCGGCUUGGCACGCGAGCCAAUCCAAGGAAUGCCCAUCAGAAAACCAUGACUCUCUCUUAUUAGACAACGGAAACACGUUUCUUCAGUAUUUCGCCAUCUGUGCUCGUCUCCUGGCCAUCUUCUUCAUUCUGGGUUUCAUUUUCUUCUGUAAGCUCCACUGUGGCAGAAUUUGUUGUUAACCCCAAAUCCCUGAGACUGCUCCCACACACAACGUGCAGGACAGUAAUGAGCAGCAGGAUUUACUAGGAC